UUAAAAUAUAAACUUAUUUUAACAUGAUGACAGUUUUAAUAGACCAAGAAUUGUGACAGAUGUCAAAUACAAUGGUACGGCGUAAAAGGAAGAGACUGUGCAAAGUGUUACUAAGUGCUAGUGCGUUAGUGUUUUUUGCUGGCUUAUUGCUGAAAGCUGCUGUAACAACUUUAGAGUUUCGAACUUUAGUUAUGAUGGACCUUGAACAUGAUAGAAGUGACGCUGCUAUGCCUAGUAUGGCGGGAAUGCAGUCUUUCAAGCAUAAGAAAAGCCCAGCAAAGAAAUCUUGGUUCAGAGCUCAAAAUUAUGUGAUUCCCCAUGGUCCUGGCGAGAAAGGUUUCCCUUUCUACUUGCCCGAAGGCCUUGAACAAGCGAAGGAAGAACUGUAUAAAGUAAAUGGUUUUAAUGCCUUGGUCAGCGAUUUCAUUUCACUCAACCGAAGCCUGCCAGACAUUAGGCAUUCUAGUUGUAAAACUAAGGAAUACUUAACCAGAUUACCAAUGGUUAGCUUAGUGAUACCUUUCCACAAUGAGCACUGGACAACAUUGCUUAGAACUGUGACCAGUGUCAUCACUAGAUCACCAUCAGAACUUAUUCAAGAGAUUAUACUUGUGGAUGACUUCAGCACCAAAGUGCAACUUAAAGCAUCUUUGGAUGAUUACGUCCGUCUGCAUUUUCCAAGUAUUAAAAUAAUAAGAGCUGAUAGAAGAGAAGGUCUUAUAAGAGCUAGACUUUUAGGUGCCAAAGCUGCCAAAGGAGAAAUACUCUUGUUUCUAGAUUCCCACACCGAGGCCAAUGUCAAUUGGUUACCUCCUCUUCUGGAGCCUAUAGCUUUGGAUCGUAAAACAGUAACCUGCCCCUUUAUUGACGUCAUCGACUACGAGACGCUCGCAUAUAGAGCUCAAGAUGAAGGGGCACGAGGUGCCUUUGACUGGGAACUGUACUAUAAACGUUUACCUUUAUUACCAGAGGAUUUGAAACGACCAACAGAGCCUUUCAAAAGUCCUGUAAUGGCUGGAGGUUUGUUUGCUGUAAAUCGAGAAUUUUUUUGGGAACUUGGAGGCUACGAUGAUGGUUUGGACGUUUGGGGAGGAGAGCAAUAUGAACUUUCAUUCAAGAUAUGGCAAUGCGGAGGACAAAUUUUAGACAUUCCCUGCUCUCGUGUCGGUCAUAUCUACCGGAAGUUUGCUCCUUAUCCCAAUCCUGGGAUCGGAGAUUUCGUCGGAAGGAAUUACAAACGUGUGGCUGAAGUGUGGAUGGAUGAGUAUAAAGAGUACUUAUACAUGAGACGACCGCACUACAGGGACCUUGAAGUUGGCAAUCUCACUGAACAGAAAUCGUUGAGGCAAAAGUUAGGGUGCAAGCCUUUUAGGUGGUUUAUAGAAAACAUCGCUUUUGAUUUACCCAAAAAGUAUCCUCCUAUAGAACCACCUGACUACGCUAAAGGGGAGCUUCGCAGCAGUAACUCCAACUUAUGCAUUGAUACUAAGUUCAAGGGACAGAAUCAAAAGUUUGGAUUAGAAAAGUGCAAUAAAGAUGACCCUAAGAAACAUGGGGAACAGCAAUUUGUGUUAUCUUGGCACAAAGACAUCCGUCCGGUGAAGAGAAGUCUAUGCUUCGACGUUUCAAGCUCAGAAAAACAUGCUCCCGUUGUUCUGUGGAAUUGUCAUGGAAUGCAAGGAAACCAAAUGUGGAAAUACGAUGUGGAAAGCAGUCAUUUAAUACACCUUCUGACUGGAAGUUGCUUAGAUUGUGACAUAAAACGCCGGGAAAUUUUUAUGAACCCUUGUGAAAGAGACAUAAUUACUCAAAAAUGGAAGUUCGAAGUGGUGAAUAUAACCGCAUCCUUAAAUUGGUAGAUUUUAAUACUUAUUUUUGUAAAUGAACUAUUGGUGCUGUAUUCAGUGGGUGUCAUUCACUCUGUACAGUUGUGGUGAAACCUUUUGUUGAAAAUGCUUCAAAUACAUGUGCAAGAGGUUGACUUCAUAUACGUAUUUUAUCAUUUUUAUCCAAAAUUUAUGUAUUUAAAAACUUUGAAUGCUUGUUUAUGCAUUAAAAGUUUUCUGAAUUACAAACGUUUGAAA